AUGAUAUCAAAUUCAUAAUUCUAGUCUGGGUUAGUUUGUGGGUCAUUUUUUAGCUUUUAACACCUUUCUUUCCCCCUAAAUCUCAUUUCCCUACGUAUUUCGGACCGUGGAUAAGCUACCUACAGGAAUUAUUACAGUAAAAAGGUACGUACCGAAUCGUUUUUGUUUUUUACCCAUUUAUAUCCGAUGUAAAAUAAUUGGAAUCGCAAAAUGGUCAUUCAAUAGUUGUCCAACAAAUGGCGAUUUAAUCUUAUUUAACACGCUGUUCGCCUUUAAAGAUGUUCUGGUUUAUGUUUUAUAUAUUUAAACGGUUGUUCAAAAAUGCUAAUAUGCUAUUGAGCGAAAACGCAAAAGGACAACGCGCCUAAUUUAUAAAUUGGCUGCACUUUUGAAUAGAAUCCAAACAAAAAUGUUAUAAUUUCUCGAUUGCUGUGUUAUUUCAAUCAUUGCGUUAAUGACGCGCAUAGUUUUAGUAGAUUUCGCUUUUUGAAAAGCACAUAUUAAGCGUAGAUACAGAAAAUAGUUAAUAGUUACGAUUAUUAAAUCAAGAUUAGAAUGAAUUCAUUGAUAGUAUCGCGCCAAAUUUUUGGCAAGAAGAUAGCAUAUUUUGAGUGCAAUGUAUUAAAUUCCUUGGUUUAAUUAAGGAAGUUAAUGGCGUUAAAAGAUUAAAAUAGCUUUGACAUGUAAACACCGGUAAGCCAAGGACUGGUCUGUAUGUGCCAAAGCAAAAAUCGUUCGUUAGCCAAGAGAUUUUGUUUUUGAAAGAAUCUGCAAGACAAUUGAUUGUACAUGAUGGUAUUGAGGGCAGUGGUACAUACCUAUCUAUGGUACAUACAGUAUACAAUGUGCGAGGUGGUUGAUCAAGGUUACAGGUUAUAUUCCUGGAAUUUAUAUUGCUUGAGUAGGUUGUUUGUCCAUCAAUAAGGCCUGUUAGCCUGUUAGGGUAGAUUCCGACACACGACAUUGCCUUGAAAUGGCAACAUAUAGAAAAUGAAAUACCGACAAUGGACACAAUCUCUGUCUAAAUUGUGACAGCCACAUGGUAAUAAAGGAUGAAAACAAUGAUGAAAUUUGAAAAGCGACAUAUAGCAAUGUUUUCAAACGGCGACAUUAACUUGAAUUAAGGAGUUAAAGUUAAACAUCAAAUGCUAGCUACUUUCUCUCCUAGCUCCCAUGGUUCUUGUUUGAUCAUAAAUAUUUUGUGUUGUUUUUAAGGCAUGGAUACAACAGAAAGAUCAAAAGAAGGUAAAUGUACACAUAAAAAACUACACAGGGAUGUUGGAACAAUGUGAGGGCAAGGGGGGGAAAUUUUCAUAGAAGGGCACUUUUCCAUGGGUUAAUCAUAAAUUUUGUGUCAUUUAACACCCCCCCCCCGACAACAUUUUUUUCUGAAAUAUAGUAAAAAAUUUUGAAACCACCAAAUUAGCUAGUAAAACUGACAGGUACAAGAAAUGUUUGAUUGGCAAUUUUGGGCACAUGCGGUGAACAUUUUAAAACAUAACAAAUAUUUCCCGAAAAUAAAAAACGGCACCUUUGUCCCUCUUUACUAGGUUUGGAAACCUCCCCACUGAAGUUUACUAUAUUGUCAAUGAUUUUAGGUCAAAUUCAAUUACAAAUAGAAUAUGGUUCACAACAUGGUCAAGUGCAAGUUAAUGUGAUGGAAGUCAACAGUCUAAUUUUACCAGCAGGUACUGACAGGCAGACCGUGGGUUGGGUCCUAAACAUGGGUGUUCAAUGUGGUAGUAUUCCACAAUGGUAGUAUGGUUUAGUAGAUGAAUGUAGCCCUUCAAGAAAUUGCAUUCAAAUUGGACACUAUUUUAAUUUUCAAAGCAGCAGCAGCAGCAGCAACCAGCAGCAGCAUACACCAUUAUUUUAAUAUUCCUAUGGCUGCUUUCUGUUAGAAUUACUCGACAAGCUUCGCAGUUUUCCCCGACUGUACGAGGGAAGAAAAACAAGCUGCGAACAAGCUACCGUCUGGUGUCGCAGUUGUAAGAUCUGAUAAGGAAUAACGAACAAAAAUGAUGGCUUUUUGAGAAGAACUCGAUUGAGGUCGGCAAAAAAUGCCAACAUGGGACAUUGGCUAUUCACCGAUUAGUGAUUUUUUCAAGCGUUGAAAAUUUCGUAAAUUCAUAAAAGUUAGUGCGAAUAUGGAUCCCCCAAUUAACAAAAGGCACUUGAAUUUUUAUAUACGAGGGUUUAAAAUCUGGGUCAUACCAAUCAACAGCCAAUAUUUUGCGUUAUUGCUAUAAUAUACUCAUUCAACUUUCAAUUGUUUUAGUCAAACGUCUUGGUAUCUCGCAUGUUUAUGUGAAAAGUCAUUUGCUGAACGAGAAGACAAAAGAAUUGAUGAAAACAAAAAGUGCCGUGAAAGGUUUCUUCCUAUCAGACGCGUCCAAGGAUACGAAACGAAAAACGGAGGAGGUGAAACUGACGCUCUCCUGUCAUGAUACGUCGUCUGGCAGUUUUGAAAGUAAAGGCGACGAUAAGUCUCGGAAAAAUAAGAUUAGGAAAGCAUUACAGAAACAGCGAGAGAGGUUUAGAUUGAGAAGGAAUUCCGAUAAAGGUGUGUAUUCUUUCUUCAAUAAUAGUGAGUGUCCUUAUACUGGAUUUGUAGGGAGAAUAGUUUAAAAAUAUGGAGCUAUAUCCAGUAUAAAUAUAAAAGGUUUGCCCACCUUCAGUAUUGCAAAAUGCAAACACAUCUUGUUGAGAAGCUGUUGGAACAGCAUUGUCACAACUUGUUAACAAGCUUGCUACAAACCUAUUGCAAACACAUCUUGUUGAGAAGUUGUUGGAACAGCAUUGUAACAACUUCUUAACAAGCUUGCUACAAGCCUGUUGAGGAGUCAUCUUGUUGAGAAGUUGUUGGAACAGCAUUGUAACAACUUGUUUGCUACAAGCCUGUUGAGGAGACAUCUUGUUGACAAGUUGUUGGAACAGCAUUGUCACAACUAUGAAAUGCCAAAACUGAGUUUCAAAUGCCAGAACUACCUUUUGAAAAGCUAGAACUCCGUUUUCAAAUGCCAGUCGCCAGAACUCCCUUUUCAAAUGCUAAAACUCAGUUUUCAAAAGCGAGAACUCCCUUUUUAAAUGCCAAAACUGAGUUUUCAAAAGCCAGAACUCCGUUUUCAAAUGCCAUAACACCGUUUUCAAAUGCCAUAUAAACUCCGUUUUCAAAUACCAGAACUCCGUUUUCAAAUACCAGAACUCGGCCGUUUUCAAAUACCAGAACUCCGUUUUCAAAUACCAGAACUCCGUUUUCAAAUACCAGAACUCCGUUUUCAAAUGCCAGAACUCCGUUUUCAAAAGCCAAUUAGCGCAUUUGACAAUAUGAAACAUAACUAAAAAAAAAUUCUUCGGUGCCUGGUCCCCUGUCGCAAUUUGCAAGCUUCAAGCGAAGCGAGCAAGUUUGGACCACGUAGGCAAGGGCUAACUGAAAAAUUUUUUUGGCUACCGGAAAAAAAAAAAUAUACAGGUUGGGAAACCUUGCUAGGGAACAAUGCAACUGGUCGACUCUGGUGCUAAUUCUUUUCUUUUUUUUUUCUCACUCUUCAGUUAAAACAGUGGUGAACGCUGCUGGUGAUGAGGACGGCCGAGCUACGCUUUCCUUCGAAAGACCCUUGUACUACCCCUCAGUUUCCCUUUACCAACUACAGACGCAAUGUCUGCAUCUCACGAUUUGCGGACGGAAUAUUACGACCACACGUAGUCUCCCCAUAGCAACGACAUGCAUACCGCUGAUGAUUGCGAUCAAGCAACACCAAUCUACGUGGUAUCAACUGUCGUAUAACCCUGAUUUGACCACUGGAAAACACGAGCCGAGUACGACAGCACAGGAAUCCUGGGAAAAGGGCGAAGGUCAGUAUCAGUUUCUUUAGAGACUCUAAUUUUGCUAGUCAAACAGGCCUUCCAAAAUUAUUUGAAGUAAACGUCUGUGAUUGGAAAGAUUUCACCACCACCAACUGUUUCCACACAUGACGACUGUCGCAAAGUUCGCAAAUUUUGUAUACUUUUGUAUUGCGUGCGGAAAUUGCUACCACAUUUAGGCCGAAAAUGGUAGCAAUUUCCGCACGCGAUACAAAAGUAUACAAAAUUUGCAAACUUUGCAAGGCUAUAUUUUCCGCAUUUUACAACAUUUCGCAACCAAACUUUGCAAUUUUACUCAUUUUAGUAUGCUCUUUCUAGCUGUGGUGAUUUAUUUGUAUUGCCCCUUGCCUAGUCUUAAAAUUAGUCUAUAAUGGGAAUUGUUUGCCGACUCGUGUGUUCCACCCCAUCCCCCCCCCCCUUACACCCCCUGUAGCUUGGGCUAUGAGAAAGCAAUCAAGUGAACUAUUUCUUCAUUUUAGGUGGUGCCCACUACACAGGGCGAAGUCUAGCGUGGGAUCGAGGUGAAGCAAAAGACAACAACAGCUCUGACAACUGGCUACACAAACGUAAAGACUAUAGCAGACAUAUGCAUCCAAAACAGCGAAGACAACCACCCGCAAAGAAAUCGUCCCUUCACGCCAACACUUCGGGACACGGCGGAUUCCGACGGCCUUCCGAGCAUAAUGACGAUGUCCAUUUGAGGCAUGGAAAAAGCUAUGAUUUCAAGCAAUCCGAUUCGGGAGUCGGUUUGGAGAGAUUGGGCAGACAUGACAGUAUUGAAGAAUUAUACUUCAACGAGGAAACAUCCGAUCAUUUUCAAUCAAGAAAUUUUCGACCGCCACAAAAACAAUGGAAAUCGGAAUUUGUCAUAUGCGGCUCAACGUUGGAUACGACGCGAUCAAACAAUGGCGCUAACUUAGACUUAAGCUCCCUGUCGCUUAAUGGGUCUUUGAAUCGACAAACGUUCGGCGAAACAAUUCGCGGAUUUUGAACGUAAUUUUAUAAAUGAAUUUAUUUUUACAAUAAACAAAGUAAAUAGUAAAUUUGAAAUCGUUGACUUGAAAGGUUCUAGUUUAUGGGAGGGUAUUGGAGCUGUGCGGUUCCAGAAAUUUCAUCACGGUCCGGUUUCGGUCUUUUGCUUGAUGGAAGAACCUCGGUUCUGUUUCGGUAUUUUUAAAAGAAUAACAAUUCAAAGCAUUCGCUCAGUAAAUUGUGAUGUAACUUCAAAAUAAACAAGUUACAGUUCAAUGAAACAAAAACAUCUUAAUUUCUUAGAAAUUCCUUAGAACUUUCAUUUCCUUAGAAAAAGUCCUUAAAGAAACUACCGGUUCUUCUGCGCACGCUCAGACCGAAUAUUUCGAUUAACCGCACAGCUCUAGAAGGCAGCUAGUACAUGUAUUGGAGGUAUCGUGUGACUUAUUUUGAUAAUAUUGCCCAGCGAAACCCGCCUCAUUAGACUUCAGUAAACGCAACGAAUAGGUUUUACCAUGCAGGAAUUAAGGACAAAACAGCAUUUCAGUAUGUAGUUUACUAGUUUUCGAGAAAAAGACAAAUUCAUUGUAUCAAUGUGUAUUAAUUAAAAUAAAGACACUAACUUAUAUAUAUAUAUAUAUGCCUUGAUUCUUCUUAAUAACACUACAGUACAAAACCGUCCAGUACAUUAUCCUAUAUAGUCCAGGGGCAGGUUGUACGAAGGCUGGACGGCGUUAUCCACUGGAUAGCGAUAUUUUCAACGGUUGUUUAUAAAUAUGCUAAAAAAAACUAUAAAAUUACAGAUGUAGGUAGACCUUACAACUAAUAAAAAGAUAUUUCAACAGAUAAUUUUAGGAAGCUUGAAAAAAUCGCUAUCUGGUACAACCACUUGGCUUUUUAAGUACAAAACCUCCCAAAAUUUGACAAAAAAUUCUCUCAGGAAAGGCUCCGAAAAUACAAUUCUUUUUCUAGGGGAGCAUGUCUCCAGAGCCCCUCUCCCCUCACAAUUUGUUCAUUAUAGUGAUUUACAACACCCUAAAUGCUUUAAAGGUGAUCUACAGUCCGAUCUGCGCAUGUGCACAAAUGAGCCCACUUUUUAUGAUACAAACAGUUUAACUAUGUUUUGAGUUCUUGAAAAGCCUGAUUGUUGUUUCUUGAUCAUUUAUUAUACUCUAGAAGCUUGAAAAUAUAAAUAGUUGUCGAAUAAAGCUCAAUAUUUUGGACACAAAAAUGUAAACAAAGGCUUUGUUUACAUACGGACUGUAGAUCACCUUUAAGAAUAGUUACCGAGCUUUUUAGUAUACUUGAGUUUUUUUAAAUCACUAUAAUAAAAUAUACUUGGUGUAUGAUAUAGCUUUGCAAACGAACCAUGAUUUAACGAAAAAAUACAAGACAAGGCUACCUUUUUAAAAGAUAAACUUAGAUCUUUUUAAAAGAUAAACUAGAUAAGAUCACACUCUGAUGCUAAUACCCUAAUAAAUAUAUGUACCAUUGUACAUCCUAGUUAGUUUCAGUGACUCAGUACCUGGACGCUAGCUUGCGUGAACCUUAUCUUUUCGAGGUACUGCUUUUGAAGUAUUACGGUUUGUUUUCCCUGCAGCCGCUGUACUCUUCGCACCUUUUGCCCGCAGGCUUGUCAUACUUGCAAACGGCACUUUGUUACCU